AGGGCUCGGAGGAUGGACGGCAUCACUGCCUCUAUGAGCAGAGCUGGGGCUGCCAAGUUAGUUAAGAAAGAGUUCCUGGAGGCUCUAAAAACAAAUGACUUCGAAAAGCUGAAGGCUAUUUUAAUCGAAAGGCAAAUAGAUGUGGACACAGUGUUUGAAGUGGAAGAUGAGAACAUGAUUUUGGCAUCAUACAAACAAGGCUAUUGGCUGCCCAGUUAUAAGCUGAAGUCUUCCUGGGCAACAGGCCUGCACCUCUCAGUUUUGCUCGGUCACGUGGAGUGCCUGAUGGUACUGCUGGACCACAAUGCGACCAUCAACUGUCGGCCCAACGGGAAGACCCCUCUGCACGUGGCUUGUGAGAUAGCUAACCUCGAAUGCGUGAAGAUUCUCUGUGACCGUGGCGCAAAGCUCAACUGCUACUCCCUCAGCGGCCACACUGCUUUGCACUUCUGUACCACACCCAGCUCCAUCGUCUGUGCCAAGCAGUUGGUGUCGAGAGGUGCAAACGUGAACAUGAAAACCAACAACCAGGAUGAGGAGACACCCCUGCACACGGCGGCCCACUUCGGCCUCUCUGAGCUGGUGGCCUUCUAUGUGGAGAACGGGGCCAUCGUGGAUAGCAUGAACGCCCACAUGGAGACCCCACUGGCCAUCGCCACCUACUGGGCCCUGCGCUUCAAGGAGCAGGAGUACAGCAGGGAACACCACCUCAUCUGCCGUAUGCUUCUAGACAACAACGCUGAGGUCAACGCUCGGGAUGACGACUUCAAGUCCCCUCUGCACAAGGCUGCCUGGAAUUGCGACCACGUGCUCAUGCACAUGAUGCUGGAGGCGGGUGCGGAGGCCAACCUCAUGGAUAUCAAUGGCUGUGCAGCCAUCCAGUACGUGCUGAAGGUCACCUCCGUGCGUCCUGCUGCGCAGCCCGAGAUCUGCUACCAGCUGCUGCUGAAUCACGGGGCUGCGCGCAUCUACCCCCCACAGUUCCACAAGGUGAUCCAGGCUUGCCACUCUUGUCCCAAGGCAAUUGAAGUUGUGGUCAAUGCCUACGAGCACAUCAGAUGGAACAUAAAGUGGAGGAGAGCCAUUCCUGAUGACGACCUGGAGAAACACUGGGAUUUCUACCACUCUCUCUUCAAGGUGUGCUGUAACACUCCCAGGACCCUCAUGCACCUGUCAAGAUGUGCCAUUCGAAAAGCGUUACACAACAGAUGCCACAAAGCAAUUCCUAUGCUGUCCCUCCCACUGUCAUUGAAGAAGUACUUGCUUUUGGAGCCAGAGGGAAUCAUUUAUUAAGUCUUAGGAGACAACAGUUCCCAACCCUAGAUUUCUAAGUGGACUCACUGGGUAGACGCAGUUUGCAUGGAUAAAACGGUACUUGGGUUGGUUAUCACACUUUAGGGAUUUCAAAAUGCUUUACAUUCACCAAGCCAUUAAUCCUAGAGUAGCAUGCUGAGGGAAAAUAAGCCGGUAAAGUUAAAGAAUUUUGAGACAAUGGCCACAUUUAGAAGG